AUGGCUGGCACAACACUUUGGCGCAAAGUGAACGAUCCAAAACUCGCUCCCGGAUUCGCCCGUUUGCCAGACCAGCUUGAUGUGGAUAUCACCUUGAACUGUUCGGACUAUGACGCGUGGCCUUAUAGCAUGGGAGCAGGACGUCAAAGUUUUCGUGAUCUUCUGGAGGGAUUUACCGACCCGAAAGAUGGGGAUUCCAUCAUUUUGCCGUUGCCCUCCGGUAGUGCCAACGACGUCAAUGUGAACCAGACCAACACGACAGUGUCGGUUGCCCCACCGAUCUCCAGUGUACUCAACAUUCCAGUGCAUAUGCAUAAUUUGGUAGGUGAA